CAACACUCCACUGUUUUUAAAGCUGGGGCUGGAGCUGGCAUUUACUUGGGCUCCCAAAUCAAAGGCGGCUAUUCAUUCCCAAGAGCUGCCUGAAUGUCCGUCUGCAUCCGGCCUCUUCAUUUAGAUGCUGUGCGCUGCCCCGGAGAGCCGGGCUGGGUGCAGCUGAGCUGCGGCCGCCAAGCCCGGCGCGGAGACUCUGCCCUGCUCCUGCUGCUGCUGCUGCUGCUCCUCCUCCUCCUCCUCCUCCUCCUCCUCCUCCUCCUCCUCCUGCUCUCCCGGCUCCUCGCGCCCUCCCCACCCCAAGGGCUCCCGCUCCGUUUGCUGCAUUCCCGGAGCAGCUGGCGAGCCUGCCCCUGCCAGACUGAGCGGGCAGUGCCGGGCCACCGGCGGCAGCCGCCGAAGAUGUGCCCCUCUCGGGCGCUCCCGCGCUGAGUCUGAGGCGAGCCCUCUAGCGCCUGCCCGCCAUGUCGCAGAUGCUACACAUCGAGAUCCCCAACUUCGGGAACACCGUGCUCGGCUGCCUCAAUGAGCAGCGCUUGCUGGGCCUCUACUGUGAUGUGUCCAUUGUGGUCAAGGGCCAGGCUUUCAAGGCCCACCGGGCCGUCCUGGCCGCCAGCAGCCUGUACUUCCGCGACCUGUUCAGCGGCAACAGCAAGAGCGCCUUCGAGCUGCCGGGCACUGUGCCGCCCGCCUGCUUCCAGCAGAUCCUGUCCUUCUGCUACACGGGCAGGCUGACCAUGGCGGCCAGCGAGCAGCUCGUGGUCAUGUACACGGCCGGCUUCCUGCAGAUCCAGCACAUCGUGGAGCGCGGCACCGACCUCAUGUUCAAGGUGAGCUCGCCCCACUGCGACUCGCAGACCGCCAUGAUCGAGGACGCCAGCUCCGAGCCCCAGAGCCCCUGCAACCAGCUGCAGCCGGCCGCCCCCACAGCCCCCCCCUAUGUCGUGUCCCCCUCUGUGCCCAUCCCGCUGCUGACCCGAGUGAAGCAUGAAGCCAUGGAGCUGCCGCCGGCUGCUGGCCCGGGCCUGGCCCCCAAGCGCCCUUUGGAGACGGGGCCCCGGGAUGGCACGACGGUGGCGGCGGCCGCCACGGCGGCGGGCGCUGCCCCUCUCAAGCUGCCCCGGGUCUCCUACUACGGGGUGCCCAGCCUGGCCACCCUCAUCCCCAGCAUCCAGCAGGUGCCCUACUCCCAGGGGGAGCGGACCAGUCCGGGGGCCAGCAGCCUGCCCACCACGGACAGCCCCACCUCGUACCACAAUGAGGAGGAUGAGGAGGAUGACGAGGCCUACGACACCAUGGCGGAGGAGCAGUAUGGCCAGAUGUACAUCAAGGCCACUGGCAGCUAUGCAGUACAAGAGAAGCCAGAGCCCGUGCCACUGGAGAGCCGCUCGUGUGUCCUCAUCCGCCGUGACCUGGUGGCACUGCCCGCCAGCCUCAUCAGCCAGAUUGGGUACCGCUGCCACCCCAAGCUCUACUCAGAAGGGGACCCUGGCGAGAAGCUGGAGCUGGUGGCAGGCUCCGGAGUCUACAUCACACGCGGCCAGCUGAUGAACUGCCACCUAUGUGCAGGGGUGAAGCACAAGGUCCUGCUGCGGCGGCUCCUCGCCACCUUCUUUGACAGGAACACUCUGGCCAACAGCUGUGGCACUGGUAUCCGCUCAUCCACUAGUGACCCCAGCCGCAAGCCUCUGGACAGCCGGGUUCUGAAUGCUGUGAAACUGUACUGCCAGAACUUCGCCCCCAGCUUCAAGGAGAGCGAGAUGAACGUCAUCGCGGCGGACAUGUGCACCAACGCCCGCCGUGUCCGCAAGCGCUGGCUGCCCAAGAUCAAGUCCAUGCUGCCCGAGGGCGUGGAGAUGUACCGCACGGUCAUGGGCUCCUCGGCCGCCGGUGUGCCUCUCGACCCCGACUUCCCGCCCGCCACAGCGCAGGUGUUCGAGCAGCGCAUCUACGCGGAGCGGCGGGGCGAUGCGGCCACCAUCGUGGCUCUGAGGACUGACGCCGUGAAUGUCGACCUGAGCGCCGCCGCCAACCCCACGUUUGAUGCGGGCGAGGAGGCGGAUGGGGCCGGCUCGGUCAUCCAGGAGGUGGCAGCACCCGAGCCGCCGCCCACUGGCGCCCAGAGCCCCCCGCAGCCCUUUGAGCAGGGCAGCGCCAGCUCCAGCCGGCCGCAGACGCCCGCCGCCACCCGGAGACAGGAGCCAUCGUACGCAGGGGCCUUGUAGAGAGCCGCCGGGAGCCUCGCGGGACCGGUACUAAAGCUGCUUGCAUGCGUUACUAAUACAAACAAAUGUGAUCAAGCCACUUACCUACGGAACUGCUACUGUUGCCUGAAAAAAAUGUGAUUUUUAUUCUGCUUGUAUUUAAAGUUUAUGAAGGAAACAAAUGCAUUCGUUAUACUGUAAAGGAUCAGUCCACUGGUGACCUAGUUGCGAGGAAGGUCCCAGGGCUCCUUUGGUAUCCGCGAGGUUCGUCUCCAGGCUGUGGGCCCCUGACCCUGCUCCAGGAGGGGCGAGAGCCUGUGGCCCCGGGGCCUGGGAGUCCGAGUGGGGGCCUAUGGCGGGGCACGCGUCUCCUGACACUUGUUGCUCACCCGGCGGGGGAACCCCACCCACCCCUCUGAGGCCAGGGGCCAGGGCUGGGCCCCCAAGGGCCAAACUCCUCUUAUUUUCCCUCUUCCUGAGACUCGGGGGUCAGGCCUGCCGGGUCCUCUGUGUGCGUGGGGUGCAGGAGCGCGUGUGUGAGUGUGCGUGUGUGUUUGAGUGUGUGUGUGGGGGUAGUGGUGUGGGUACAGUGGGGCGGGGAGGGAGAGUCCACACACCUUCGUCGUUCCACCCUGCCCGAGGGCCCUCCCGGCACCCUUAGCUCCACGGCCCCUUGUGCACCUGGGCCAACAGGGAGAGCUGCUGCCCUGAGUGCCCCCCACCUGGCUCCACCCGGGCCGCCUGCUGCCCUGUGGUUGGUGCAGCCCCACAGCCCUCAGCCAUGUUGGGAUUAUGUUUGUUUGUUUAUUUGUUUCUGUCUUAAUUCAGAUCUAUUUCAUGUAUGGUUUGAAACUUUGAGACCCAAAAGAGCAAAAAAUUAGGGAGGAUUUGGUGUCCCUGCCCUCAACCCACUAUGCCUGGGGCUGGGUCAUCUGUGUAUGCAUCCCACCCAACCCUGACCCAGGUCCCACUCGCCUCCUAUUAGGAGCAGGGCAGGGUCCCAGGGAGAUGCAGCCAGGGUGUGUGACAAAGGAGGGGCCCAGGGCCCUCGCUCAGCAGGAGGUGGGGGUGGGAGCCAGGCUGGGCUGGAGUGCAUCCCCAUAUUGUGCUGCAGACCUGGGGGCAUGUGCACUCUGAGGCCAGGGGGGCAGGCAGGGGGAGCCUGGAGUGGCAGGUGCUGAGGUUCUGGAAUGCAGUGGCAGGGCGCAGCCAGGAGGGGCUCGCAGAAGGUGUUGGUUUGUUACAAGCUGGAAUGCUCACUUUGAAGUUCAGUUUUUCGAUGAGCGAGGGUGCUCACUUGGCCACUUGUUCCGGGGGCUUGCUUCCUCCUAAGUCCCAGCCCCCCACCCCAGCAGGACCAGACACCCCUCUGUUCCCAGACUUGGAGUCUGUUGGUCCCUCUCCCCGUCCCCAGCCCACUGCCUCCCCAGACCAGGUGCAGAGCAAGAGCAAGCCCGCGCCACCUGUGUGUGCACGCAGGGCUGCGCAGGUUGGCUCAGCCCUCCCUGUGACCCACAAAGCUGAGCCCCCCGCCCCACACCCGGCUGCAGGCAACCUGCAGUGGGGGCUUAGGCACCUUCCACUCAGAUUCCUCCUGACUGCUGCCCUGCCGGGAGAGGCUUUGGGGGAGACCUGGGCUGUGGGCAGAGCCUCCUGGCCUCCUCCAGCCAGGCCAGACCCCUGCCUGUGUUUCAGGAAGAUCCGAUGGCUCCUGGAAAGGAGUGAGGGGAGCUUGGGCAGGCCCCGUGGGAGCUCGUCUCAGCCCCUGUGCCCGAGGCCAGGGGUGGGCAGGGGAUAGUCUGGGCCUGAAAGGGCUCUACUCUUGCUGGGCUCCAAACCCACCACUUGGCCCCAAGCUGAGCCUCUCUCUCCACCUCUUUUUUCCCUGACCUGGGCCCAGUCGGGCUUGGAGCUGCGUGGGGCUGGGGCUACAGGCCACUUGGGAACUCACCCUCCUGCAUCUGAGAGGCCAGCCCCCAGCAUCCUCAGGCGGCCAGUGGGGGAUGGAGGGGAGGAUGGGUAAGGUGGACCCCAUCACCCUCUGCAGCUUCCUUUCCUGACCCCAACACCCCAACGUGCACUUUAAUUUGACCAUCCCUGAGGACCCUGGGGAGAUAGCCAGCCUGUCCUGGCUGUCAGCAGAAGGGCUCGCGCACUCGCUCUCCCUCCUCCCCCUCCCUCCCUCCCCUCAUCCCUCUCUCCUCCACUCCAGAGUGGCCGCCUCGGGGGCCCCCCCCCCCCACAACCCCAACCUGAGGCCAGGACACGAAGGGGUGCCCCUGGCCCGGUGGAGGCGGGGCGGCGCCCACAGAGAAGGCCUGACCGCUGCUCAGGCCAGCACAAAGUCCCAUGACCUCUGUCCCUUAAUUGUUUAUAACCGCCGUCUGUUUUGUUGUUCUGGGUAAGGAAGGCAAGAGCUAUACGUGAAACUUUAGUACUUCAAUGUGAAUGGGUUCUGAGCUCUCCCUGUGCCCCAGGCGGGCCAGGCCGAGCGUUUUGCACUAAUGUGUCCCGCGGUGGACGUGGGUCCAGAGCGUUUGCAGACGGGCAUGGCUGAUGAUUGUAUCUGCCGGGGCGCUCCCUCCGCGUCCUGAAUGUUCCGCGGGGCGGGCAGCGGCGGGCCUGGGCUCGGAGGGGCCUUCCAGAGUGCCUUAGCAUCUUCUGAUCAUUUUUCCCAAGGAAAACCAAUUAAGAAAACCGGACCCUCCCCCUCCUCUGUUUACAAGACGACUAAUCCUGUCCUGUGAGCGUGAUCCUGACUCACCCAGACCCUGUAGACCGAGAGACAAGCCACUCAGUAUUUAUGACAUGUCUGCACCUUUAUUCUCGAGCUUGACUAUUAGCAAUAUGCAUACACUAUGUAGAGUCUAUUAUAGAGCUAAGUUAGACCCGCGCCUUCUCGAGGAGGAAAGGGACUGGACCCUGGCGGAGCGGACACGGUGGGCAGCCGGCUGGGCCCCCGUCCUCCCCCGCCCUCCCCAGCCACCGGGCUGUGCCGCAGGAGGCGGCUGGAAUGCAGCGCAGAAGGUCCAGAAGCAGGGAUGAGGAGAUGUGACGGAUACUGUGAGCCGGUGGGGCCGCCGGCCUGGCCGGUGCGUCUCGGUACUUGAAUUCUGUCUUGUGUUCUGCACUGUGUCUGCUCUCACCCAGAGUUCUCUGUGGUUGCUUCACUUUGCGUUUGAAUCGAUUGUCUUGCCUUGCCCCAUUCCCCCAAUGCGGCCUCGUGGGUGAGGGGCCGCAGCCCCUCUGCCGGCCACCCUGGUGCCAGCCCUGGUGCCAGGACCGCCGUGGGAGCUCCUUCUCCUUUGGUUGUGCUUGGAGCUGGGAGGGGAUGGUGGGGGUGUGGACGGCCACUAGGGUGUUCAGGGUUUGCGGGGGGGCCCUGACCCGGUCCCCUUUAAUGGCAGGAACCUUCAGAGCACCAGCUCACACCCAUCCCCCAGCCAUUUACUGCUUAGAUUCCCCUCAGAUGGGUUAUUUUUAUGGAAAUAUCUUGAUGCUGGUGGAAGGAGGCCGAUGGCCCAUUAAGCAACGGAAAACUGCAAGGAAACCUCUGUUUGCUUCUGCGAGCAGUAAAUCCUAAACACAGAAUUGAGAGUUCAUAGCUGUCUUGAGCUUUAACUACUGUUUCAGAAUGUUGCUGGUGCAUAAAUUUGUCAUUAUGUCAGCUGGGCAGCUCCGAGCACGUGUUACCCGCUGCCACUGCUGCCACUGCCGGCCAGAGAUCGUUAGGGCUUGGUACAAGAUGUUUCUAACAUGGCAAAGGUUUUGGAUUUUGUUUGUUUGUUUGUUUUGUUUCUUUGGAAAAAAAAAACUGAAAAGGAAAAUUAUGCAGAAUCUAAAGCAUUCAGAUUGGACAACCUGCUUGAAUUCUGAUCAACCCUUUCAUUGUUAGCGUUUUGCACAUGAUUGUAAUUUUUAUGUCAAAAGAAGCCAAAACUUGCAAUACUAUUUUUAGCAGACAAAAAAAAAAAAAGAACUAAGUAUAAAAUGUAUAAAUAUUUUUGACUUGAACAUUUGGAUGGCACUGGGUGCAAACAGACCAUUCAUCCUUUGGACGGAAUGUUUGGAAAAAAGAGCCUUUUUACAAAGAGACGGUUGAUGUCCAGUCUGGUGAGGGGUUAAGUCCUACUGUAACUCACGACUGUUAAACAAUAAAUAAAUGAAAUCACUGUCCCUAUGCCGUGGAGCAGGUUUGUUUCCUAGAACCUCCCCCCCCCCCACCACCGUGAGUGAGCUGGUUCUAGCCUCAGCAGGUGCGUCCUCUCUCCUUCCCACUGCUGUUCCGCAGAGUCAAGACUGUUGCUUCUGAGCCGAGGCCGACGCUGCUGCACUGGUCACUCCACCUGCAGAGACGUCCGCCCCACGGGCGGCCAGGAAACCCAGGGCUUCUGUUGCGCGCAGAGCCAGUUCAGGAGGUGGAAGUCAGUUACAAACAGGAGGAUGUGAUCGUUAAUUGUAAAGCGCUUUGUAAAAUUCACAUUUACAGAAUAAUAAAGUCAGUUCAAACCCAAGUGAAUAAAGUCAGUUCAAACCCAA